GCCAGUUCUCUUAAACUCACAAUGCAUACAGUAUGACUCAAUUAUUAUAUUCAACCUUUCUGCUCUUGACUCUGUGUGGAUUUGUCAGUGGACAUGUGAUCUUACAGCCACGUUCUUCAGUGAGGAUACAGUUAGGAUCCGCCACAACUAUGCACUGCCAUUUCCACUCAGAAGGCUUCUGUGCAGUAUUUUGGUUAAAAGUUCCUCUUCAAGGAGCUCCUGUCCAUAUAGCUUAUGUACAUUUACAGAGAGGUGAUAUGAAAAUGUUUGGGGAAUUUAGAAAUAAUUCCAGAAUCACAGUUAUUUUGAACGGAAGGAACUUCAGCUUGUCAUUUUCGCACACGGAAAUAACGGAUGUUGCAAAAUACAUUUGUGGAAUUCAAUGUUAUGAUCACAUACAGUUUGGAAAUGGGAGUAAGCUGAUUGUUGAAGAAACAGCUGAAAUUGAGCCAACACUUCCAGCUGAAAAUGAAGAAAAUGUAAAACAGUGCAUUUUUUACUAUGCUGUGCCAGUACUAUCAGCGACAAAUGUGGCACUAAUUUUAAUCACAAUUGCUCUGAUUUAUCGCCUUAUAAAAAAGAAAAAAUCAGAUAAAAAAACAAUCCAUGGUGAAGAUAAAAGGAAUACAGAUGAUGUGAUCUACAGUAAUCUCACAUUCUCAAGCAACUUAGAUUAUAUCCCAGCAAGAACACAGAGACUAAGAAGAACCAGCGAGGAAGUCAUAUAUCAAGCUUUGAAUAUCUGAACGAGAAAUCACUUCCGCCCUUAAAUAAUCACUAAUCAAUC